AUGUUCCUCUUCUACUGCGGCGCCGUCCUCGCCGAGCUCGACCUCGUCCGCGACGCCGAGACGGACCCCGCCACGACCGCGAUCCCGGCCCAGCCCGCGGGCGACCGGCCGGGCGGCGACCCACACCGCCAGCGGCGCAGGCGGACGUGCGCGUCGCUCUGGUGGUGGCGGCUCGUCAGCUUCGCGGCGCUCUACCUCAUGUCGCAGCCCGACUUUGGCGCCGACGAGACGCCCGGGUGGGUGUUCCUAUCGGGCCUGGUGCCGGACUGCUGGGCGGACGACGGGUACCGGCACUGGCAGUCGGUCGGGGCCGUGCUCUUCGUGGCGGCGGUGGCGCGCCUCCCCGGCUGGCAGGCGCUCUUCAACCUGGCGCCGGCGCGGUACCUCGGCCGCGUCAGCUACGCCCUCUACCUGGUGCACGGCCCCGUGCUGCACACGGCCGGCUACCUGAUCGAGAUGCGCACCUUUGCCAUCACCACGGCCGGCGGCCAGAUGAUCACCGACCGCGGGUAUGUCGCCGGCUUCGCGCUGGGCGUCGCUUUCAUCGUGCCCAUCGUCGUCUGGGCCGCCGACGUGUUUUGGCGCGCCGUGGAUGCGCCCGUCGUCCGGCUCGCCAGGAGGCUGGAGGCGCGUGCUCGGCCUAGGGAUGAUGGGCUGCGGGAUUGUGUUUUUCAACUGGGCUUCCCCCUUAUCAACAUGUGUCUUUUUGUAGGCAUUCUGUUUUGUGGAUAG